AACAAACAGCAGCACUGCGUCUCAUUACCCGCUUCCGCCUGGACCGCACUCGCCGCUCUACAUCACCGCAAAUAUGGCCGAUCAGCUCACAGAGGAACAAAUCGCAGAGUUUAAAGAGGCCUUCUCUCUGUUCGAUAAGGAUGGAGACGGUACCAUCACCACAAAAGAACUGGGAACAGUGAUGCGCUCACUGGGACAGAAUCCCACCGAGGCUGAGCUGCAGGACAUGAUCAACGAGGUCGACGCUGACGGUAACGGCACCAUCGACUUCCCCGAGUUCCUGACCAUGAUGGCCAGAAAGAUGAAGGACACGGACAGCGAGGAGGAAAUCCGAGAGGCCUUCAGGGUGUUCGAUAAGGACGGCAACGGCUACAUUAGCGCCGCAGAACUGCGCCACGUGAUGACGAACCUGGGCGAGAAGCUCACGGACGAGGAAGUGGACGAGAUGAUCAGAGAAGCCGACAUCGACGGAGACGGUCAGGUCAACUAUGAAGAAUUUGUUCAGAUGAUGACGGCGAAGUGAAGCUCCUCGUCCUCAUCACAAAAAAAGCAGAUAAUUUAUUUACCUCUCAGAAAAUAGAGAUUUACAGUUAUUAUAACGUUUCUGUACAGAAGAUGACUGAAUGUUGAAAUGAAAUACAUAAAAUCAGAUCUCUGCAUGAACUAGUUAGUGACCCGCUGCUGCAGAUCCAGCGGCGCCUGAUAUUACUGACAAUAAUCAAUAAUCAACUACAAUAAUCACAGAUCAUCCACGGUACAGUAUGAGUGUCCUUCAGACUGGUCAUUCCUCUCUGUUUCUGUUCCUCCUGCAUGUGGUGUGAGAUCAGACAUGAUGCUCAUGGUUCAACAGCAAGUGCUGAUAUUAAACAUUUAAUUGUUUAUAUUUUAUUCCACUGUGUGAUCAAAACCAUGAAUAAAUUACAGAUGAGUUUCUUCUGAAGUGCUGAAGUUGGUACUAAACAAACCCCCUAACAAGCUUAAAUAGUUAAAAACGUUCUUGUUUUUACGUUUCAAUAAUAACGCACCUACUAAACGUUCUGACGUCACAAAAUCAGAUCGCGUUAUCCCUGUUGCUAUGACAGCACCGAAAAUAUGUCCGGACUAUUCCUUAGGCGAGCAGGCUUUAUUUUUAGGGUCAUUCAUAUGAUUUUUAGUUUUAUUUGAUUAGAUUUGAUAUUACCUUCGACACCCACAGGUUCACACAUCGUGCAGGAUGCAGAAGUGAUGAAACAUCGCCACCUAUCGGGCUGGCAUGAUUAUAACAACGAUUUGGCUUCUUUUAUUGUCGUUUGAUGUGUUUAUCCUUUAAAUUAAUAUAAUAACUUCUAUCAAAUCUAUUUCUAUAGAGACAGCUUUAAUUAGGAAGACAGUUUGACUUAAUUAUGUGCAGUAAAUAGAAUCAAAAAUGAGAAAUCAACUGAUGUCACAUAUAAUCAGUACACCCACAAGCUAACAUUACUAUUAUAUUCUAAUAUUAUUAUGAUUAUUGUUUAUGUUAAUAUCAGCACAUGCCUUUAUAAUACAAGCUUACAAGGUUUAAAUCGCGAUAUGAUGGACAUAAAUAUGUAUUAAAAAUACAUUAAACAUUUCAAGCAUUCAGCAUGGUUUACAUUUAUGUAAAUGUUGUCAGUUUCUUUUACUUUUUGAUGUUAUUUUUUGUAUCUUCCACAGUAAAGGAGAAAUGCAUGUAUAAAAUUAUUAUUAUUAUUAUUAUUGAAGCCAUUGUACUGUUGGGUUCAGUUUACAUUCAUACCAAGUUUCAUCUUUUCUCUCUUUCUCUCUUUUUCAAAUAAACAAAAAGUUCCCAAAA